AUGUCGGGUAACGGCCUAUUCAUGAAGGUUUUCCGAAUUUGCACUCGGACCCACUCGGACUUUUUGAAAUUAACACAUAAACGCAACUCGUCACUUUUUCCUACCUUCGAAACUCCAUUUUCACCCCGCCUCAGACCGACCGGUCUCCUCUCCGGAAUCGAGGUCGUACUUCUCGUCGUCUAUUCGGCCGAGACCAAGGCCCGCAACGGGAAGCCCGUCAAGAUUUGCAUCCCUGAUCUCUAUGUCGCCUCUUCUAGAACCGCAAAUGGUGGUUACGUUCUGCCGAAUGACAUGCUGGACUUUUUGGAUGCACCUGUCCCUUACAUAGUGAAAUCACCAACAAUACCUCAGCUACCUCAACAUAAAGAACUCUCGGAGAAAGUUAUUUGGGCAAGAAAAGGCCAGUUUAUGAAUGUACUGAUGUGCAGAAGGAAUAAAAAUGCUACUCAGGCAAAGGCGGAUAUCAAACAUAAAAAAAGGGGACAUCUUGACGGUGGACGAUGCCUUGGUGGCGGUCAGAGGAGCGAUGACCAGUGGGUGAAAGCAGCGCGGACUGACUUCAAUCUCGCGAACUGA